AUGUUUGACAAACCUCUUGGGCCUUUUCCUACUCCUGCGUCUUAUCAGCCAAUUGUCGAAAAGCUGAGAUACAUGAUUGAACGCAACAACUGGAAGACUAAGUUUGAGAAAGCGGUCGCUGAUGCUCACAAUACAGGUGUCGAAGAUAUGACCCAUAUAAAGACUUUGACAGACUUCUACAAUUUUCUUAAUUACUUGCAGUCGUGGGUGCCUAUGGAGGAUGAAACAGGAGCUUUCGUUUACAACAUGCUAGCAGCAAUGUACUUUGUCCUUGAUCAGGAUCCUGUCAAAGGACUUCAGUCACCCAUUGCGCCUGCCCCAUACCCACCGCCGCAAUUGACGGCGCUAUCCCAAUGGAUAGUCGACUAUUGCACGGCUAUGGGAACCUUUCUCUCUACACCUCAAUCACUUACCAGAGAAUCUUUGGAUACUUUUUACAGAGCGAAGAACUACAAUCUGGAUACCUACGAGACUCCUGAAGGCGGCUGGCUAGGGCAUUCUUUCAAUGAAUUCUUUGCGCGACGCAUCUUGCCAGGAACCCGACCUAUUGAUGGCCCUGAUAAUCCAGCAGUUAUUGUGAGCCCUGCAGACUCAAAGUUUGACGGCUCUUGGGAUAUCACUGAGGAUUCAACAGUCGCUUUCAAUAUUAAAGGCCUUACUUGGGGUAUUGACGAGUUACUUGCAAACAGUCGGUAUGCGAAUGAGUUCGCUGGCGGGAAAUUUAUGCACUCAUAUCUCUCACCCUCCGACUAUCAUCGUUUCCAUGCUCCUGUUAGCGGCAAAGUGCUUGAAGCCGCAAUCAUCCCCGGCCAGGCCUUUUACCAAGUUAUUGUUCGUACGAGAACUGAUGGCAAACAGAGUCUUGACCCUGUUCGACACAUAGAACUCGAGGGUCUGGACGAUCCGGGGUAUCAGUUCUGCCAGGCUCGUGGUCUUUUUGUAAUCGAUUCACCAAAAGUCGGGAAAGUUGCCUUUUUACCGGUUGGUAUGUGCCAAGUGUCUUCCGUGAAAAUCACUGUUUGCAACGGGGCAGAGGUAAAGAAGGGGGAUGAAGUAGGCUAUUUUCAGUUUGGCGGGUCGGAUGUUGUCCUCGUGUUCCAAGCACAGAGCCGAGUUGAAGUAACUGCCGAGACAGGUAAACAUUAUAACAUGGGCCAACAGAUUGCGAUUGCUCAUGCUGCUGAAUCAUAA